AUGUUACGUCCUCGUCGUAGUGUUCGGAAUGGUCCGACAGAAAAGAAACCGAGUGUUUCAUCACCAGUGUCAAAUCCCAUCCCAUCACCACCGUCUCCACCUGAAAGCUCCAACCAAGAAGAGCCUGAACAACCACUUCGUUUACUUGAACCACGAGAAUGUGUUGGACGUUCCAUACAAAUUGGUUUGAAUGAAGAAAUUGAGUUAAUUUUUAGAAAUCCUCCAUCGGCAGAUCAACACUCACCUGUUCCACCUGAGCUAAAAACGCAAAAAACAGAGAUUAUCUCGAAUGAAACCAAUUCAUCGGAUGAACCGCCAAAGUUCCAACGAACAGAAACAUUUAUCAGAUAUAUCGAACCAACACAAAAUGAAUUAGAUGAAAUGGUUGAAUAUGAAAUGGAUGAAAUGGAUUUGACUUGGUUAAAACAAGUCAAUCAAGAACGUGGAAAGCGUAAUUUGCGUCCGGUUAUCGAAGAAGAAUUCGAAUUAUUGAUUGAUCGACUAGAAAAAGAAUCUCAUUUUCAAGCAUUGGUCAACGGUGAUGAUCUGGGACAAUCUAUCGAUGAAGAUGCUUUAUGUGUCAUAUGCUUAGAUGGAGAAUGUUCAAAUUGCAAUGCCAUUCUAUUUUGUGAUAUGUGUAAUAUGGCUGUUCAUCAAGAGUGUUAUGGUGUACCUUAUGUACCGGAAGACUGA